AUGGCGGCGCGCGCUAAAGACGUAGUGCCGCUGGCUGACAGUGACAAUGUACAGUUGAACCGUGUUAUUGCCACACUGUUGUGCUUGCAUUUGAAGCGACAUGCUCAGCACAGACGACUGCGACUUGCCAUACGUGAGCGGACAAGGGCUGUUCGAAGUAUUGAACUACGCUUGCAUGCCAAUGCCAUCGCAAUGACUGCUGUGUUGCUAGGUGGAGUUCAACGUGAACGAUGGGCCUUUCAGCGCAACGAGCGAUGGUUUGAGGAUACUCUCCCCCAUUUGGGCGAGUUCCACUUCAAACAGGCACUUCGAGUGUGCCCUGUUACGUUCCGUUACUUAGUGGAGUCAUGCAGGCACGUUCUAGAGCAUCAGACGACCAACAUGAGGCAACCAAUUUCGGUUGAAAAGAGGGUGGCCAUCGGCCUUUAUCGGUUGUGCUCCACAGCUGAGGACAGAACUAUUGCGCAUUUUUUUGGGGUUGGUAGGUCUACUGUGAACGUAGUCUACAGACAGUUUGCGAAGGCUGUCAUCCAGGAGCUCGAAGACGAGUGGCUGCGAAUGGUUAGUCCUGGCGAGAUGGGGGAACACAUGCGAGAGUUCUACGCAGUGAGUGGCUUCCCACAGGGAGUCGGCGCCUUGGACGGCUGUCACUUUGCUGUCUCGCCACCAAAGAACAACGCUGUCGACUACUAUAACUAUAAAGGGUGGUACAGUGUGAUACUCCUGGCCUUAGUGGAUCAUCGGUACCGGUUCCGCUAUAUAAAUGUUGGAAGCCCCGGAAGGUGCCACGAUGCCCACGUGUAUGGACGUUCAAAGCUGUGUGAGUUGGUGAACAGUGCACAUUUCCAGACACCAGUGUCAGUGAUCGAGGAUGUCCCUGUAUCGCCAAUCAUUCUGUGCGAUCAAGCAUUCCCUCUCUCCCCGAGCCUAAUGAAGCCAUACGCAAACGCUGUGAGUGAAACUCCAGAGGCACUUUUCAACUAUAACUUGUCGAAAACAAGACGAAUAGUCGAAAACGCUUUUGGAAGGCUGAAGGCUCGCUUCAGGUUUAUCAUGAAGAGACUAGAAUGCACCUUGCCCAAUGCGAAACAAGCGGUGAGGACGUCGUGCAUACUUCACAACAUCUGCGAAGCAUUCAACGAUAAUGUGGAGCACCAGUGGGAACGAGAUGCACAUGAAUAUGAUGCUCUCUACGAACAACCACGUCACAGCUCAGAUAUGUGUCAUCAUGGAGGACAGGAAGUGAGACGUGCCCUCACACAGUAUUUCUGGAAGCGGCGUCAGCAGACUUCGUGA